GCUGCCGUCUAUAGAUUAACUUGCAACACAAUUUUCAUUUUGUUAAAAGUCUGUUUUCAUAGUUCAGACGAAUGAUAUUAAUUAUUCACUCAUACACUGAUUGAUUAUUUUCAGAUCAUUCAUUCCAUCAAUUUUGUAUUUUCUGUUUUUUGGUAUAUUACGAAAUCGAAAUUAAAAUGAUUUUAUUUAGUUUCUAAUCGAUAUUUAUUGUUUGAUAUAUAUGAAUCAGGAUAUAAUAAUAUUUAUAUAAUUGAAUUUUAAUAUUACCCGUAGUAUUGAAAAUGUAGAAAUUGCAGCGAAUUUUAAGCUGCGUUGCGAAUUUAGUGUUAUCGACGUUUAAAUGUCAAUAGGUGAAACUUGAAAUAUGAUACUGUUUUAUCUACUUAGUAACAAAAAUGCAGAGUAAUGGCGAAGUGAAAUACAAUGGGGUUACAAAAUAUAAAGCUAGUGACUUUCGAUGCGACGAAUACACUGUUAAAAUUUCGUAUACCGCCGUGGAAGUACUACGCUGCAGUAGCUCGCAAUUAUGGAUUUAAAGGCACGGACGAAGAUGUUAAAUCCAGGUUAGUAACUAACUACGACGCCGUAUGGGCUCAAUAUCCCAACUUUGGGAAGAGCACUAUCUGUUGGAACGAAUGGUGGCGGCAAGUAGUGAAGAGAACCUUCGAUGGCCACCUCCCUGUGGCUUCAGAUGUGAACAACAUUGCAAGUCAACUGAUAGAGGACUAUAAAACCACGAAAUGCUGGUAUCCUGCUGAAGGAGGUGAGGAGUUACUUAACAGCCUUCAGAAAAGGGGAAUUCCAAUCGGUGUUUUAUCCAACUUUGAUCCACAACUCUAUGAUGUACUGCGUAAUGUUGGUAUAAUUAAUAGAUUUAAUUUUGUUAUAACUUCUUACGAAUUUGGCUACAGUAAGCCAGAUGAGAGGAUAUUCCGACAUGCUCUGGAGAGAUGUCAUCAAUCUGUACGGCCAUCAGAAGCCCUUCAUAUUGGAGAUGAUGUGAAGAAUGACUAUGAAGGAGCCCGGUCUGCCGGGUGGCAUGCGGUGCUUAUAACCGCAGAUAAUGAAACUGAGAAACCACCAGCAUCAAAUCAUGUGUUCGAUAGCUUAACUAAUUUAUAUUUAGCUGUAGAAGAGGAAUCUCUUGAAUUGUAAUAGUAUAUAAGACAUUGUCUAGAAUAUUUUGUACUACUUAAAUCUAUCUC